CGAAUUCGAGACGCCAACAUCAACCCGCCAAAACCUACAUUUCGACCAUGCCCCGCCGUCGCGAGUCUUCUCCCGCAGAGAGCGAGUACGAGCUCGAUAUUUCCAAUGCGCUCGCCGACUCGGAAUUCCUGAGCGACGACGAUGGCACCGGUGCGCCGCCGCCUCGUGCGCCGAACACAAAUCAGACGUUGGAUGUCGGCGACAUUCUCGACGGUAGCGAUGAUGAGAGUGGGGAUGAGGAAGCGGCAUUUAUUGCUGCUCAGCAGUCGGCAAUGAAUAGGAAAGGUGGAACGGACAAGAGCGGAAAGAAGAAGGGUGGAGGGUUUCAGGCGAUGGGGUUGAGCAAACAUAUGUUGAAGGCCAUUGCGCGGAAGGGUUUUUCGGUGCCUACACCUAUUCAGAGAAAGACAAUCCCGUUAGUUAUGGAUGGCCUGGAUGUUGUCGGUAUGGCCAGGACUGGUAGUGGAAAGACAGCGGCUUUCGUCAUUCCCAUGAUCGAGAAGUUGAAGACGCACAGUGUGCAGGUCGGUGCAAGAGCAAUUAUAUUGUCGCCCAGUCGUGAAUUGGCCCUACAGACGUUGAAGGUCGUGAAGGAUCUCGGGAAGGGUACCGAUCUCAAGUCGGUGCUGUUGGUCGGAGGAGACAGUCUGGAGGAUCAGUUCGGCUUCAUGGCCAGCAACCCCGACAUCAUCAUCGCAACCCCCGGUCGUUUCCUCCAUCUCCAGGUCGAGAUGGAGUUGGAUCUCAAAUCCGUCCAGUACAUCGUUUUCGACGAAGCUGAUCGUCUGUUCGAGAUGGGUUUCGCUUCGCAGCUUACGGAAAUUCUCUACGCCCUCCCCUCGAGCCGCCAAACCCUCCUCUUCUCCGCCACACUGCCAAAAGCCUUGACGGAGUUUGCAAAGGCCGGUCUUCAGGAGCCUACACUUGUGCGUCUCGACGUGGAUUCCAAGAUUUCGCAAGAUCUCGAGUCUGCAUUCUUCACUGUGACCUCUUCCGAGAAGGAGGGUGCCCUUAUCCAUAUCCUCAAGAACGUCAUCAAGAUCCCUAUGGGCGAAACUGGUAUCAAAACGGUCCUCAAGCUGGAGGAUGGAGGAGAACCGCAGAAGUCAUACAAGAAAAGGAAACGCGGACAAGACAAGAACCCAGCCGGAAAGGAAGCACCAUCAUUAUUCUCCACCAUCAUCUUCGCUGCCACGAAACAUCACGUCGAAUACCUUGCCGCGCUGGUGAAUCGCUCUGGAUACCCUGUAUCUUACGUGUACGGUGCACUCGACCAAGUUGCGCGCCGACAGCAAGUAGCCCGGUUUCGCUCUGGAGAGACGCAGGUUCUGGUGGUGACUGACGUUGCCGCCCGUGGUAUCGAUAUUCCUUUGCUGGCAAAUGUCAUCAACUUCGAUUUCCCGCCGCAGCCAAAAGUGUUCGUCCAUCGUGUCGGACGUACUGCUCGUGCUGGACGAAGAGGUUGGGCAUACUCCAUGGUUCGCGCCGAGGAUGCACCCUACCUCAUCGAUUUGCAACUGUUUUUGGGUCGCAAGAUCAUUUUCUCGAAGGAGGGCGAUAAGAAAUCGAGCAAGGACUUCAACUUUGCCCAGGAUGUCGUCGUGGGAACACUACUGCGAGACCCCGUUGAGCGCUGUGUCGAAGCCGUCAACAAGCUCCUUGAAGAGGAUACUGAGCUUUACUCACUGAAGGGGGUGUCAGUCCGAGCAGAGAAGCAGUACAACCGCUCCCGACCAUCUGCAUCUAGCGAGAGCGUCAAGCGCGCCAAAGAAAUAGUGUCGAGUAAAGGUUGGACGACAUUGAACCCCAAAUUUGCGGAUGAAGUCGACGCCAUGGAAGUCGAGCGGAUAAAGAUGCUCGCCCGAGUUUCCAAUUUCCGGCCCACCGAGACUGUCUUCGAGGUAGGUCAGCGGGGCAAAGACAAAUCCGAGGCAGCAACGAUAAUGCGAGCACGCCGUGAAAAGAUUCGGAUCGAUCCAUCCAACCGUCACCGUGCUACACAGGCCGACGAUUCGGACUCUGAAGACGACGAGGAGGCGGUCAAGGACAAGGCUGCCAAUGACGAGGACGGUCUAGGCGACGACGAGGAUGUCGACAUGGCCGCAGCCUCCGACGACGAGCUCGCCGCAACCUUCACCACCAAAGCCCAGCGCAAAAAGAGCAAGAAGCACGGCUUCGAAGACCCAGAACACUUCAUGUCUUACAACCCCUCCAUCUCGCUCGCCGAAGACCGUGGGUACUCCAUCACCGGCGGCGUAGCCUCCUUCACAGAAGCCGCACGCACCGCACAAAUGGAUCUUGCCAGCGACGAACGCAAGGGCUUCGGCGAAGCCAGCAAAGCCAAGGGACUGCGCUGGGACAAGAAAGCCAAGAAAUACGUUGCACGCGCGAACGACGAGGACGGGUCCAAGGGCGCUCGCAUGAUCAUCGGCGAAUCUGGCCAGAAGAUUGCCGCGUCGUUCAAGAGCGGACGGUUCCAGACAUGGAAGAACGCCCACAAGAUCGAUCGCAUGCCUCGUACGGGUGAGCUUGAGAAGGGUGGCAACAAGUUCAGCAAUGGACCGGGCAACAACUCCGCCCCCAUGGGUGGAAAGCUCCAUGGCAAGAUGUAUCACAAGUCCACUGCGGCGCCGAAGAGACCGGACAAAUUCCGUGACGACUUUGAGGUGCGUAAGAAGCGGUUCGCCGAGGCGAAGGAGAAGGGUCUCGUCAAGGGUGUUGGAGCAAAGAACGAGAUCAAGAGUAAUACCGAGAUUGAGAAGGGCCGGAGACAACUGGCAAAGAGGAAAGAGAAGAAUAAUAGGCCCACCAAGAAGAGGAAGUUUUAGAUUAGUUGCUUGCUUGUAUUUUUGUACCUACCUAUUUUGGAGUUGAAGGUUAAGGAAAAGUUCGUUCGUAUCGUACAUAGCGCUUGUAGAGCGUACUAAA